AAACGGGUUAGUCUUUUAUUUUUUAAACAGAAAGCAUAAUGAAUUGUGUGUGAAAAGGAUAAGUUGAUCUCUUGAUCUGUUGAAAGUUGAUAAUUAACAAUGGUCCAAGUAAAAGAAACUCCAGAAUAUGUGGUGGGAAGGCGCAUACCAGGUGGUUCCACCACAGGACCUUAUUAAUGUUCUGGUUACAUUUUUGCACUCAGUUCCUCAGAUUUACAACCCCAUCAAAGGCUCCCAAGAGACUUGUUUGUUAACCCUCUUCUGGCCAAGGUGGCUUCUGUCAGGCCAGGGAAGAAAGAACAUGCAGGGACAUCUGCUUUGCCACUCUGGGAAUUGCUUUGGGUUUUGUUAUCGAAAGAUUUUGUUAUUGAAGAUAAAAAAGGUGACUGAUUGCCUUGAGAAACAGCAGUUAUUCUAUGGGAUUUCUCUGUAUCUCCCUCUAAAUCCUUUGCUUUGAACCUGUGAUUUUCCUCCUGUUAGUGUUUUGUAGUUGUAUCCUAAUGUAGUAUCUUAAAUUCAGCUGGGCCUUACUUAGCUGCCUCCUUCCCGAGAAGGGAAAUGAACUCUACCUUUGAUAAAGCUAUAAAAAAAUAACAUUUUUACAGCCUUUAAAAGCAUAUUCCCCUCUGUGAGCCUAGCUGCCUCACAACAGCAAGGUCUUGGGCGAAUCCAAAAACCUGCCUUUUGGUUGGUGAAAGAAUUUCUGGGUGAAUUGAUCAAAUAUUCAUAACUAUCACAUACUGUGCAUAUCCUGUAGAAUAUGUUUUGUUUGAUAGGAUGUGAUGGAUCUUUAGAAUUAAUCUGUUCUUUUAAAAAUGGUCUGUUGCCUUAAAGGGGAAUGGAGUAAUUUAGCAGGAAAUACCCACCCCCUCCCUGCCUUCCAACAUUCCUCACCGAGGUGAGAGGUUGGGUGCAGCUAGGUUUAAAUUCUAGGUGAUGUCCAAUUUACCACCUCCUCCAAGCAAUUUCACAACAGGGUCACACAGGAUUUUAGCUCUCUUCAGUUUAUUAAAGUGUACAAAUCUUGCAUGUUUGCAUGAAUUUGACUAAACUAUUCCAAAAUCAGGAAGCAUUUUAACCUGUUUUUCUGCAGGCUUUUAAAGUACACACUUUGAUCCUUAUACCUGCAGGUGAUUGGAAGUGAGAGAGCCCAGUCUCAGUUUUUCAUAUACUUGGGAAUAAUACAGGAUUUGGGUUCUUAAAAUUUUGAAUUAUUUUUGUGAAGUGAGUAUGUAUCUGGAAGUCACUGGGGGAAAGGGGGUAUGUGUGUGUGUGUGUGUGCGUGUGGAAGGUAAAGGUGUGGGACUGACCUGGGCAGGGUGGAGGUGAUGUGCAUGCCAGCGGCACUUCAUAGAAAGGCUGUCUGAGAUAGGGCCUCUUACCUGUUGGCUGAAGUCCUGUUAACCAGGUUAAUUAACAAGUGCCCAGUCUGAAGGCAGAGUGAGUAUUUAAAAUUGUCUUUACUAUUAAGGAGCUUCUCCGUACUUACUUGUGGCAGCUGCUGUACAAGUAACUCUCUUAAUGCUACAAAAAUUAUGUAUGAAAAGGAGAUAAAGCAGUGCAAAUACAGAGGAGAAUGUAGUAAAUUAAUGGGUGUUAUAGUAUCAUUACUGGCAUUUGCUGUUUUUAAGUAUUUGAUUUAUGUCAUAAAAACUAUGUGUGUAGGGGGGGUAAAGGGGAAAAAACCUACCCAAACAAAACUAUAUCAGUAACAAAAUUUGUUCACUCGGCUCUGAAAGCACAGCUCCCCUUCUGCAUCUGGAGAAAUGGCAGCAAUACAAUUUCUUUUGUUCUGCUUUUCUCAAUUUUAUCUUCAAUAUAGUAAUAAUUAUCUGCAGUGGGUGGUAGCUGGCUUGACAGGAGCUGUGAGUCAAAAUGAUUUCCUGGGCAGAGUUUUUUGCCAAUUGCUUACUAUCUGUACUGGCUUUCACAUCUUCACCAAUAACAGGAACAAAAUGCUAGGAUUCAGGUAUCUGGAACAGUAGCUAUUUUACUGCUCCUAAAAUCUCCUUAGACUACAUGGUUUGAAUAGGAAUUGUUGACAUUUAACAACAACAAAACAUUAAAAAGGCAAAGCCUGCUGUGAUACCACUUAACUGUUAGGAGGGAAAGUUAGUUCUUUGUGAGCAAGGCCAGCCCUGCCCAGUACCAGUUGCUGCGUAGGGAGCUGCAUUAAGGCUGGACGGGUCCCUUCAUACAGCCCUCCCUCAUCAUCUGCCUGCAGCAUGUUACUGAGUUGUCAGCAUGUGUGAGCUUGAAGGCAAAAGUUUUGGCUAACGGUAAAAAGUAAUGGUCAAUGAUUUUUCUCUCUUCACCAGCUUGCAUGUUUUCUGUAGCAACCGUAAGUGUUUUACCUGCAAGCAAGAGAUCUAUCAGGAAUGGAAUUCCAACAUUUUAGUAACUGUAUAUACCACAAUGAUUAGAAGUCCUGAUCUGGACUUCUGUUGUGAUGAGUGUUCCAAAAUAAUACCACUACCACCUUCCAAGGCUACUUUUGAUUGGAUCCGGGAGUAUAAGCCUUUCAGAACACGGUAUUACACUCAUCAUGAUAUACUGGAGGCCGGAGCAGACAUUCAAAGGAAACAACAUGGAAAGAAGGAGGCAGAGAUACAAGAGUGCAUUGAAAGGAAAGCUGAACUUUGGUCUCAGGCUGAAAUGCAGAGGGAAGAUGCAGUGGAUAAAACUCUCAAAGAGGCAGCCGCUAACCACAGUGCAUUUGUACAAGACCUUAAACAAAAUCUUGGAAAGGAAUUAAAGGAAGAGGUGAGGAAGGCAAAGGCAGAGAUGCAGCAGUACAUGGAGGAUGAGCAGAAGAGAAAGGCUGAAGCUGCAGAGCAGCACAUGGCUCACAGAGUUCGGUGUGCCCUCAUGGAGUGUGCCCGGGAGAAGAUGCAAGCAGUGGCUGAAGCCAGGAAACAGGAGAGGGAGGCAGCCCUGAAAGAAGCAGCCAGGCAGCACAGAAAGCACUUAGAGCAACUCAAAGAAGAAAGUGUGUUAGCCGAGGAACUAUAUCAUAAGAGUAUAGAGCAAUUAAACAAAGAAAAAUGUCAUGAGAUUAAUAUUGCCCUGAGUAUCACAUGAAAAGAGAAUCAGAUUGGGACUGAAAAACAGCUCAAAGAAGCAGAGACCCUACAUCUUCAUGAGCUGGAAAAAGUGACGGUUAUGCUGAAAGCAGCAGAAGAACAGGCAAAACUGAUGCAAGAACUGGAAAAGAUGACAGAUUGGAAGGACAGUCUGGGAACUGAAAUACAAGCAAUGAGACAAGCUUUUCAAAAGUAUAUUGAUGCCGCAUUUCCUAAUCUGUCCCCUGGAUAAUGAGAUUUUACUCUGCCAUUUAGAAAAGCAUUUGAGCAGAAGGACACCCCAGAAGAGGCAGAGGACAGUGACAAGGAAUAUAAAAGAACUAGUAUUAGAAGUGUGAGAUUCACAGCCAUGGAUAAACACAACUACAAAUAGGUGAUGCUGAAAAAUAAAUUAAUCUCUGCUCACUGAAUGAUAUGAGUGUGGUUAGAAUGAUACAGAGGAAAAUAACCACCACUAUAUUAAAUAAUGAUGUGAUGAGACAUGCUUAGAAAUUAUGCAUUAAUUUUUGUUUUGCAAAUGCUAGGGCAGAGGUUGGAAUAUGUAGCACUUGAGGAGCUUCCCACUGAGUUUUUCUUGAGAAGGAAAAUAUCUGAAAAUCUGAUCAGAAAAUCUGUCAUUUAGUUAAGCAUCAGCACUUGGACUGUCUUCCCCUGAAUACUCAUGUGUAGAGUAAGACAUGCAAGCUUUGAACACUUGCAGCUUGGGUUCUGAGAUUUACAGGGCAGUUAUUCUAGGUAACAGUGUGUAUGUCUAUGUAGAGUACUUGCAAGUGAGUGGUUACAUGAGCAGAAAACUCACCUGGCUUGAGAGACAGCUUUUGGGCAAAAAGUAUGUGCCAGCAGGCACACAAAAUAAUUUUCUUAUGGGAGAACUCAAGUUUAUCUAUUCACACAAGUUUGAAGCCUCAUGGCUUUAGGCCAGCUUCAAUACAUCGAUUGGGUCUGAGAUUCAGCCUGCCUAAACGUUUGCUUAGUCUUCACUGUGUAAUAAGCCUUCUUAAAGCAUUCACUUAAUAUUCACUGAAGCUUUGUGUCUAUCUCAUUUUUUACCUGUUGCUCUGAAAACACUGUAUAGCAUCUUGAGCGUGAGCUGGGGAAUGUAAAGGAGCUGGUCUUUACUGUAGGUGAUAGAAAGUAUAAUAUGGUGAAGGAAACUCUCCAUAGGCAUCUUGUUUAAGGGAAUUUUAAAAGCAAUCUGUGCUGCCUUCUUUUUCUCAUGCUCAUAAAGAACCCCAGAAGACAAAAGAGCAGAAUAAUCUCAGAGAUACCCAUCACUGUACCAAACCAAAAAGUGAAGACAAGUGAGGUCACUGGUUUCUUGUGGAACAGUUUAGUUCAUAUAAAAUACUUUGAACGGAUAUUUGGCAUGCUCUGGCACUAUUUCUGACGUAAAUGCCUGUAAGACCCUACCUCACUGAGUCGUGGAAGAACUGAUUCUUCCUGUUUAUUUCCCCUCUUGUGCUCCCAAUGAAAAGAAUCCAAAGUUCAUGUUGACCAGUUGUCUAAUCAAAUGCAUAAACUUCACAGACCCCAAGAUUAAACUCGUGUUUACAUCUUAACAGUUCUUCGGCAGUCUGAAAUACUCCAUAAACUACAAGCCAUUUUUUUAAAGAAAACAUUUACAAGUACAUCAAGCAUAAAAGUCUUUUGAAACUGCAGGAGUAAAAUACUGGAACUAAAUAGCAGCUGCAUCAUGAAAUAGCUAAAGCUGAUGAACGCUUUCUGUUGGGUUAGCUGAUGAAAGGCUCACCUCAGCACACACUGCAGAGGCCAGAGGCACAGCAGCAGCUGGGGGAACCCCAACAACGCAGUCAGAGGAAUAAGCCUGCAAUCCAGCCCCUCCCAGGAGGGCAUCAGCCCCAUGGACUGGGAGUGAGAGCCACCACUGGAGAGGCUUUCUAGAGCACCUUGCAGACAGAGAGUGGAUACAGCCUGGAGGUAUGGGACUCCUUGUGGGAUGAGGGAAGAGCAUCUUGGGAUUGUAGAAAAUCUUAC